AUGCGACUUUUGACGGCUUCCCUUAAUAAUGAAUUUAAACCAAUUUGGUUUUCUAAAUCUGUGACUGUUGUUGAGGUUCGUCGCAUAUUAUCUACUGUGUUAUAUAGUACAAACAAUAAUACAUUACCUGCUGAUUUUGCUGAUUAUGUUUUUGUAUAUGAAAACAUUGUGAUUCCCAUGGAAAAUGAUAAUAAAAUAUUGUUUGAGGAAAUGUUAAAAUCUAUUAAAUCGCAUAUUGAAUAA